ACUGGCGGCGCACUUAGGAUGCAGAAGUCACCUGUGGAAGAUGCAAACUUCCUCUCCAAGUAUUUCUUCUGGUGGACGACACCGCUGCUGAGGAAGGGCUUCAGAAAGAAAUUGGAGCUGACUGAUGUGUACAAGGCUCCUUCAUUUGAUCUGGCAGACAACCUCUCCGAGAGACUCGAAAGAGAAUGGGACAGAGAGGUGGUGUCAGCCAAGAACAAGCCCAGGCUGAUGCGAGCCCUGGCCCGCUGCUUCUGUGGCCCCUUCGCCUUCUUUGGUGUCCUCCUCUAUCUCGGGGAGGUGUCUAAGACAGUGCAGCCACAGCUUUUGGGUCGUAUCAUCGCAUCCUUUGACCCGUUCCAUGCUCCAGAGCGGGAUCAGGGAUACUUCCUGGCCCUGGGCCUGUGCCUCCUCUUCACCGCCCGCUUCCUCCUGCUGCAGCCCGCCAUCUUUGGCCUGCAUCACCUUGGUAUGCAGAUCCGAAUCGCCCUCUUCAGUCUUAUAUACAAGAAGACCCUGAAGUUAUCCAGCCGUGUAUUGGACAAGAUCAGCACCGGUCAACUAGUCAGUCUAAUGUCCGCCCACCUCAACAAGCUAGAUGAGAGCCUGGGUCUGGCCCAUUUUGUGUGGAUCACCCCCCUGCAGUGUAUCCUGUGUGUGGGUCUGUUAUGGGAACUGAUCGAGGUGAACGGCUUCUGCGCCCUGGCAGCUCUGACCCUGCUGGGUAUCAUCCAGGCCUGGCUCUCACAGAAGAUGGGCCCUCAUCGGGUAAAACGAGCAGGGAUGAUCAGCCGCCGCCUGGCCCUCACCUCUGAGAUUGUAGAGAAUAUUUACUCUGUGAAGGCGUAUGGCUGGGAGGAGGUGAUGGAGACCAUCAUCAAGAACAUAAGGCAGGACGAGAUGACACUGACAAGGAAGAUCGGUUCUCUGCGUUACUUCUACAGUGCUUCAUACUUCUUCUCUGCCAUCUUGGUUAUCGUGUCAGCCAUUGUGCCUCAUGCACUCAGCAAAGGCAUCAUACUGCGUCGAAUCUUCACCACAGCCUCUUACUGCAUGGUUCUCCGUAUGACGCUGACCCGUCAGCUGCCGGGAUCCAUUCAGAUGUGGUACGACACGCUGGCACUGAUCAAGAAGAUUGAGGAAUUCUUGAUGAAGGAAGAGUACAGAGUGCUGGAGUACAACCUCACCACGAGUGAAGUAGAACUGGUCAAUGUGUCUGCAUCGUGGGAUGAGGGCAUCGGUGAGCUGUUUGAGAAGAUUAAGCAGGAAAGCAAAGCAAAUGGACACCCGAACGGUGACGCCGGCCUCUUCUUCACCAACCUCUAUGUCACACCUGUCCUUAAAAACAUCAGCCUGUACCUGGAAAAGGGCAAGAUGCUGGCUGUGGCUGGAUCCACUGGCUCAGGAAAGAGUUCCCUGCUCAUGAUGAUCCUUGGAGAGUUGGUGCCAUCAGAGGGUAAAAUCAGACACAGUGGCCGCAUCUCCUUCUCACCACAGACUUCCUGGAUCAUGCCGGGGACGAUCCGUGACAACAUCUUGUUUGGCCUGACGUACGACGAGUACCGCUACACCUCCAUCAUCAAGGCCUGCCAGCUAGAAGAGGACUUUGCCUUGCUGCCUGAGAAAGACAAGACGCUCCUUAUUGAAGGCGGGGUAACCCUCAGUGGUGGUCAAAGGGCUCGCCUCGGCCUGGCCAGAGCUGUGUACAAAGAUGCCGACCUCUACCUGCUGGAUGCACCUUUCACCCACCUGGACAUCGUGACAGAGAAAGAGAUCUUUGAGAAAUGCGUCUGUAAACUUAUGGCCUCCAAGACUCGUAUCGUGGUCACCAGCAAGUUGGAGCAUCUCAAACGGGCAGACAAAAUUAUUCUGCUGCACAAUGGCGACUGCUACUUCUACGGCACCUUCUCAGAGCUGCAGGCCCAGCGCCCCGACUUCAGCUCCCUCCUCCUUGGCCUGCAAGCUUACGAUAACAUCAACGCAGAGCGACGCAGCUCCAUUCUCACAGAAACUCUCCGCAGGGUCUCCGUAGAUGAAACGGCCGGCUUCCGAGGACCAGACACAAUUCGGCAGUCGUUUCGCCAGCAACCACCUCCAAUAAUUGGUUCUGGAUCUCAAGGCCACCCUUUGGGCGAUGGCUAUCCAGAAAAACGCAAACAGUCCCUCAUCCUUAGCCCUCUGGCAGCUGCCCGCAAGUUUUCCUUCAUUGGGAACUCGCAACAGACUUUAAAUGCAUCACAGACCUCAAUAAUAGAGGACGGGGUUUGUGGACUUUCAGAGAGAAAAUUCUCUGUGGUACCCGAGGAUGAUCAAGUAGAGGAGGUGCUCCCCAGGGGGAAUAUGUACCACCAUGGGUUGCAGAAUUUCAACGGGCAGAGGCGCCAGUCUGUCCUGGCAUUCAUCACCAACGCACAGGGUCAAGAGCGGAGAGAGCAGAUGCAGUCGUCCUUCAGGAGAAAACUGUCCAUUACACCGCAGUGCGAUCUGGCGUCUGAACUGGACAUUUAUGCCCGUCGCUUGUCCAAGGACAGCGUUUAUGACAUUAGUGAAGAAGUGGAUGAAGAAGACAUGGAGCAAUGCUUUGCAGAUGACCGUGAGAACGUCUUUGAAACUACCUCCUGGAGCACUUACCUGCGCUACAUCACCACCAAUAAGAGCUUAGUCUACGUCCUCAUUUUCAUCGUCUUAGUCUUCGUCAUUGAGGUUGCUGGUUCAGUCCUUGGAAUUUAUCUCAUAACUGCAAAGAUCUGGAGGGACAGUGCAAACCCUUCAUCACCCAACUUCAUCAGUGACCAGCACCCGAACGCCUCUUCGCUCCCUGCUCACCUGGCAGUCAUCGUCACACCGACCAGUGCUUAUUACAUCAUCUAUAUCUACGUGGCCACUUCGGAGAGUGUGCUUGCCUUGGGCUUCUUCAGGGGUCUCCCGUUAGUGCACACAUUACUCACUGUGUCCAAAAGACUGCACGAGCAGAUGUUCAGCGCUGUGCUGCGAGCCCCCAUGGCUGUGCUCAACACCAUGAAGACAGGUCGCAUCAUGAACAGAUUCACCAAGGACAUGGCCACUAUUGACGACAUGCUGCCUCUGGUCCUCUUUGACCUCAUACAGCUGACAUUGAUUGUUACGGGUGCCAUCUUUACUGUCUCCAUCAUGCGGCCGUACAUCUUCAUCGCUGCUAUUCCUUUGGCUGCUAUUUUUGUUAUUCUCAGGAAGUACUUUCUACGAACUGGACAGCAACUCAAACUACUGGAAGCUGAAGCUCGUAGCCCCAUCUUCUCCCACCUCAUCAUCUCACUGAAGGGUUUAUGGACAAUUCGUGCAUUUGGGCGUCAGACCUACUUCGAAAUGCUUUUCCACAAGGCGCUGAACACCCACACAGCCACCUGGUUCCACUACCUGUCAACGUUGCGGUGGUUCCUUUUCCGCUGCGACAUGAUCUUUGUCCUGUUUUUCAGCGCGGCGGCCUUCAUCGCUGUGGGAACCAACCAGGACAAACCCGGGGAGAUUGGCAUCGUUGUGGCCCUGGCGAUGCUCAUCCUGGGGACUUUCCAAUGGGCUGUCAUCACCAGCAUCACUGUAGAUGGCCUGAUGCGCUCAGUGGAUCGGGUAUUCAAAUUCAUCGACCUGCCAUCAGAGGAGCCGAUGCCCGGAAAGUCUAGUGGCAAAGGAGGCCCAGAUCUCAUCAUUGACAACCCUCAUGCUCAAGAGUGCUGGCCCAACCGCGGCCGGAUGGAUGUCCAGGGCCUCACCGCCAAAUACACAGAGGCUGGACGUUCCAUUCUCAGUGACAUCUCCUUCACUGUGGAGGGGGGGCAGAGCAUGGGUCUGCUGGGUCGCACCGGUUCAGGGAAGAGCACCCUGCUGUCCGCCCUGCUGCGUCUCGCCUCCACUGAUGGAGAAAUCUCUAUUGAUGGUGUCUCCUGGAGCUCCGUCUCCCUGCACACCUGGAGGAAGGCCUUCGGAGUGGUGCCCCAGAAAGUCUUUAUUCUGACUGGAACUUUCCGGAUGAACCUGGACCCUCACGAACGUUACAGUGAUGAGGAGCUGUGGAGGGUGGCUGAAGAGGUGGGUCUGAAGACAGUGAUCGAGCAGUUUCCAGACAAGCUGGACUUUCAGCUGGAAGACGGAGGAAACGUGUUGAGCAAUGGACACAAACAGCUGAUGUGUCUUGCACGCUCCAUCCUCAGCAAGGCCCGCAUCCUGCUGCUGGAUGAGCCCUCCGCCUACCUGGACCCCAUAACAUUACAGGUCCUGAGGAAGACGCUGAGGCAGGCGUUCUCAGGCUGCACCGUCAUCCUAUCAGAGCACAGAGUAGAGCCGCUGCUCGAGUGCCAAUCAUUCCUGAUGAUCGAGGGCAGCUCCAUGAAAGCCUACGACUCCCUCCAGAAGCUUCUGAACGAGACGAGCCACAUGAAACAAGCCAUGAGCCCUGCCGACCGGCUACGCCUCUUCCCAACGCUUCACCGCCUCAACUCCAGCAAGAGGGCGGCGCCGCAGACCGCCAAGAUCUCGUCCCUCCCGGAGGAAGCUGAGGACGAGGUCCAGGACACGCGUCUCUAA